AUGCAUUAAAUAAACAUGACCCUGGUUAUGAAAUGACAAUUUGCACUUCCUGAAACAUGACGGGCCGUAACACACAAUGGAAAUUAUUCACGUUUUUAAAAGUGCUGGUGCUGAGCUUUACUUUAUCACUCACGGUUGUGUUUCUUGUUGCUACCGUAAGAACGUUCACAUUUGAUGUCAGCGCGGGGCUUCAGCUAGGCAAAUGGGAAAACACGAUCAGCAUUUCUCCUCAUAUAUCUCCACAACAGAGAAAAGAUCUUCUGGAAAAUUUCAAAGCGGCUAUUCAGAUUCCUACUGUGUCCAAUACGGACACGGAUUUGAACACAGACGCCCUGCGUGAGUUUGCUGUGCUGCUGAGGAGAGUCUUCCCUAAGGUCUUCUCAUCCAGUCUGGUGAAACAUGAGGUUGUGGGAAACUACAGUCACCUGUUCUCAGUGUCGGGCAGUGAAGCUGAUCUGGAGCCGUACAUGCUGCUGGCACACAUUGAUGUGGUACCGGCUGAUGAGGCGGACGGAUGGGAUGCUCCUCCAUUCUCUGCUCAAGAGCUCAAUGGCUUCAUUUAUGGACGAGGGACCAUCGACGAUAAACAGUCUGUGAUGGGAAUCCUUCAGGCGUUGGAAUAUCUCCUUGAGCGAGGUUACACCCCUCGACGAAGCUUCUACAUUGGUUUGGGUCACGAUGAGGAGGUGAGCGGAAUGCAGGGGGCAGUGAAUAUUGUGAAGCUUCUCAAGAGUCGUGGGGUGAAGCUUCUUUAUGUUUUAGAUGAAGGCCUAGCAGUGCUGGAUGGUAUCAUAAAUGGUCUGGAUGGGCCUGCUGCUCUGAUAGGUGUGAGUGAGAAAGGACAGGCCACAGUAAAGCUGAGUGUUAAUGCUGCUCCAGGACAUUCAUCAAUGCCUCCUAGAGAGACCAGUAUUGGCAUCUUGGCCUCAGCAGUGAAAAGGCUGGAGGAUAAUCCGAUGCCGAGACUCUUUGGCUAUGGUCCUGAACGUGGCACAUUUGAACACUUGGCACAUAAGUUCGGUUUGCCUCUCAGAUUUAUGAUGUCUAAUCUGUGGCUCUUCUCUCCACUGAUAAGCAGAGUGAUGGAGCAAAAACCUGACAUGAAUGCCUUUGUGAGGACAACAACAGCUGUUACUAUGUUUAACGGUGGUGUAAAGGUUAAUGUACUCCCGCCGUAUGCAGAGGGUUUUGUAAAUCUGCGUAUCCACUCUGCUCAAACAUUGCAGGAGGUUCUGGAUUUGAUCAAGUCAAUUGUAGCGGAUGAGCGUGUAAAACUAGAUUUGGUCAAUGGGUUCGACCCGCUGCCCAUCAGCUCUUAUGAUGAGCACUCGUUUGGGUAUCAGAUCAUUAAGAAAACAGUGCAAGGCAUAUUUCCUCAGGUCAACGUGGCCCCUGGUAUCUGUAUUGGCAAUACUGACAGUCGUCACUACAAGGAUAUCACUCGAGACAUUUAUCGCUUCGCACCAUCAUGGUUCAAACCUGGUGAUCCACAGAGAUUUCACGGGGUGAACGAGAGAAUCUCCAUUAAGAACUACGAAGAGCUUGUGGUGUUUUACUUUCAGCUCAUGCAGAAUAAUGACAUCAGAAAGUUGCCUUUACCUCACAGCAGUCAGCAUGAGCUGUAAAUGUGCUGGGGUGUGACACAUACAGAUCUCCAGCUCAAAAAGACAUGAAGUCUCAGGAAGAUUUAUUUCAAUUACUGUGAAUUUUAAUAAAGAAAGAAAACACUUUUAGCAUCACUUAAAUAUAAAAGCUACACUUAAGUGACGGUCCUGUAGAUAAUUAAAAUACCUUAAGGCAUUAAAAGUGUAACAUUUCAAUCAUAAAGGGUCUGUCUUUAAUGCCUAAACAAUAUUGAUUUUAAAUGCAAAUCGACAAAACAAAGGCUGUGACAUUUCAUUUAUCAACCGGAACUCUUGGUGUUGGAGCGAUAUCUUGAACAACGCAUUACGUAAAAUAGUGAUAGUUCAGAUUAUGUUUACAUAAACACACACACAUGGGCUUCAUGAUGAUGUCGCUUUUCUGGGCAGUGUAAAAAUGAAACAUGCUGUCACGUGUAGAGGGUCUUCUGAGGGGCAUAACAUAGUUGAACAAACUCACUGUUUGGGUCCUUUUUGAAACAGUCUUGUUUAAGAUAUAGUUAACCCAAAAAUAAAAUUCUGUUAUCAUUUAAUCAACAUAUCAUUUCAAAGCUGUAUGACUUUCUUAUUGUGUUGUGCAGAACACAAAAGAAGAUAUUUUGAAGCUUGUUAGCAACCGAACAGCGAUGGUACCCAUUGACAGAUUUUUUUCAUUUUUGGGAGAACUAUCACUUUAAUGGUUGUGACACUACAUUGUGUCACGUAUGCCCUUCUGACGGUUUAGGAUUUUUUUAUCUUAGACAUAUCCUGAGCACUCAAUGUAUUUAUUAUUCAUAAAUGCGUCUCUGAAUAAUGCAGAUUGUGAUAAAGGAUGCACUGUGGGCCAAUAGCUUCUCAUUAGAUUAAAAUUGUAUUAGACUGAAGUGCUUUAUUGUUACACCCUAAAAGCAAGUUAGUUGGCUUUUGUCUGAUGAAAGGUUUGUGGUGGGUCAAUAACUUGUUGGCUAUAUCAUUAGACUAGGUAAACAGCCUUGUGUUUUUGAUUUGUGAAUAUUACAUUGAAUCAGUCAUAAUGAUUCUGUUUUACACUAAAGUGAUCUGUACUGUUAUUUUUGCAGAGUUGCUGUAAAUGUAUUUUCUUGAAUUCCUUGAAAUUUUGUGAUGAUAUUAAAUCAUUUAAAUAAGCAAAAAUA